AUGUCGCUUCAGGUCGAUGACAGUGGGCAUCGCCCCUCCCGAUCGCACUCGCCGGGCUUUCGCUACAUCGACGAGCUAGAGAGAAUAGAGAGAGACACCCGGGACAAUCGCAGCCGCGAUCGUGACUCUGAUCGGGAACGUGAGCGUGACCGUGACCGCAGCCGUGAUCACAGCCGUGACCACAGCCGUGGUGAUCAUGCCUAUACCCGCGAUUACAAUGACUACGACUACCGCUCGCGGCCCCCUCCUUCUCCCCGCGCGGCCUCUGCAGUUGCUGACACCCUUCCGCCGUACCCAGUCACGAGCGGCUCGUUUCAGGACCCGUCCAUGACUUCAGUAGCGUACGAGUACGACCGCCUGACCAGGUGGCCUGGGGCACGCGAUGGCGACGACGACGACGAUGACGAUGCCUACUAUGAGACUCGUCGCCGAGCCACUGACUAUGUCUAUGACCCGAGAGACUCGCGCGACCGAGUGGGAGAUGGCAGCUACGGCAGCUUCGGCAGCUUUGGCAGCUCACCACGCCACUCGCGUGAUUCCUUGUUCGGCAGGUUAGACAGGGAAGCUGAGAAGGAGCGCGAGCGCCGACGUAGAAAAGAGAAGCUCGAGGAAGACCUGGCCUAUGGCGAACUGCCCGGGCCGUCCAGGCGGGAGCGGGAACGAGUCGACACCCCUCCUUCUCCCCCUACCCCUCCAGCCCCAGGAACCGAAGCCUAUGCCUAUGCAUACUCCAAACCCCAUGAUUAUGGUCGACCAGAGGAUCCCCGGGCCAGCGGGAGCCGCACCAACACUCCUGGGCCGCGCGACAGCGGCAGCAAGCUCGGCCAUGGUGUUGGUUUGUCCGUAUCACCGCCGAGCCCGGCCUUGCGUCCUGUCCCGCUCAAGUCAGCCAUGAAGCAGCGCGACCCUUCGCCGCAACCACCUACGGCACGCAUGUCGAACCUGACUCUGCAGAUCCCUGGGCACCAUCGCACGGGCUCCAGCUCGCUUAGUGCCUCAUCGGCGCCGGCUUCGCCGCUGAUGGAAGCUUACCACGGCACCUAUCAGUCCAUGUCCCCAAUGCCUUCUCCGAUGCUUUUGCCUACCAGUCCAGGAGGCCAGAUAGCCGAGCCUAUCUCGCCCCUUGCGUCUGAUAUCGACGAGGCCGAAGCCCUCAGUCCGGGCGGCAACGGCAGCAUCAAGAAGAAGCGGACACGGAGGGCUCGGUUCCACGAUCCAGUCGAUGAUGCCCUUCGGUUGGCAAAGGCGCUCAAGGGCAGGGAGCGCGAUCCCGACACAGAGCCCCUGAUCGAGAUCCUGCCGGGGCUGACGCACGAAGAAGUCAUGGCGCUCCGCGCAGAAUACAAAAAGCUGGUGAAGACGGCUCCGGAAAACAAGGGUGUGAACGUGGCUAAGCAUAUCCGUAUGCGGCUCAAGGACAAGGACGAGCAGCUAAUGAAGGCGUGUUACACUACAGCCUUGGGCAGGUGGGAGUCCGAAGGCUACUGGGCCAGCUUUUGGUAUCACGGGGACAAGACGCGGCGCGAACUGCUGAUCGAGGCGCUGAUGGGAAGAACGAACGAGGAGAUUCGCAAGAUCAAGGCUGGUUUCCGCGACAAGAAGUACGGCGACGACCUCGAGUGCUGUCUGCGCACUGAGUUGAAGGAGGACAAAUUCAAGAAGGCCGUGAUGUGGGUGCUGGAGGAAUCGCGCAUGGAAGAAGUCGAUCGCAACGGGCAGCCGUUGCCCAUCGAUUAUGAUCGGGUGGCCGACGACGUGCAGCGGCUGCGCGAAGUAAUCAAGAGGGAAAAGGGCGGCGAGACGCUCAUGCUUAGCAUCGUUCUCCGCCGCAGCGAUGCACACCUGCGCGAGGUCCUGCGUGUGUACAAGGAGACGUAUAAGGGAGCCAACUUUGCGAAGGAUGCGCUCAAGAAGAGCGGGAACCUUGUUGGCGAAGUCCUUGCACACGUCCUCAAUGGCAUUAUCAACAAGCCUCUUCGUGACGCCAUGCUGCUGCACCAUGCCCUGACUGCUUCACGGCGUGAUCCGCUGCGCAAGGAGCUCGUCACAUCUCGCUUGGUGCGCUACCACUGGGAUGCUCGACACAUGGCGCUCGUGCGACGAGCCUAUCGCGAACAUUACGGCCAUGAGCUGGUUGACGCCGUUCGGGAUGCCACGAGCGUGAUUAAUGAUGUCUGCUGA